AAAAUUCAGUUGUGUACCGACUGCAGUUGCGAGCGGACAAGUGAAAGAUCUGGAAAAUGAAGUUCAGCUGGGCCCUGAUGCUCGUCCUGGGUUCCGUUGCAAUGGCCGCCCAAAAGGAUAAUUACUGCGAAAGGAACGAGACGACGCGGAUCCAGAAGCCGGUCACCAAGCAGCGUGUCAUUGUGAAAACGCAGCCCAAGUGGAAAAUUUGGAAGAAGUCGGAGAAAAUCACCGAGACCUACGACUCGGUAGAGGAGCAGGUGACCCACCAACUGGUCAGGGAGUGCUGCCCGGGCUACUUGGAGGUGGAAUCGGGAUUGUGCGAGCCCCUCUGUACCCGCGGCUGUCCCGCCCACGCCAGCUGUGCCGCUCCAGAUCGCUGCGAGUGCAUUUCCGGCUAUAUCUCGGCGAGGAGUCACCAGGAUGGCAGCCACUACUGUGAGCCCAUUUGCCAGACCCAGUGUCCGGCGGGGGCCCAGUGCGUUUCGCCCAACACCUGUGCCUGUCGCGAAGGCUACACCCAGUUGCAGCCGGCAGGCGAUGGUGUGAGCGGCGACUGUGCCCCAGUUUGCCGGGUGGGCGACGGAUGCGCCAAUGGCAAGUGCAUCGACGUGGAUCGCUGCGCCUGCAAUGCCGGCUAUCGGUGGGACAAGGUCGCGGAGCGUUGUGCCGAGCUGAGUGCAGAGUACGGAUCGGAGGAAGUGGACACCACCGAGGAGAGCUCCGAGUCCUGGGGCACCAGUUCGAUGGCUGCCUUCACGGCCACCGAUUGUCCCGAGGACUAUGUCCUCUUCCGUGGCGAGUGCCGCGAGAAGCAGUUCAACAGCAACGAGGCUGGCUGCCUCAAAUCCGACUGUGGUCCCCAUCAAACGUGCCUCGAGUCCGGCAAAUGCCAAUGCUCCGAUGGAUAUGUGGCGGAGGAAAAUAGUGGGGCUGGGGACAGGCUCAGCUGCCGGCCUACUUUGUUCCAAACGAUGAUUCACCUAGAUCAAGCCACCGACGACGAGGAUGAGCUGAAUCCCUGGACCAUCCCCAUCAUCGGUGUGGCCAGCGGAGCCCUCUUUGUCCUGCUCAUUGUGGGUCUCCUGGGCGGAAAACGGUAUCGCCAGGAGCGGGCUGCGGUGGCCAGCAAAGAGAUGGAGUGCCAGUAUUCGCAGAAGACCGUGGACGUGGACGAGUGGGUGCCGUGAAGGGUUCUGCUUCACCCUCGGCGUUGGGCUGUGUUACAAAACAUUGAUUGUUAACUUAAAAAUAUUUCUCAUUUGCGAAUAAAGAUCAUCGACUUAAUAACAUUUAA